AUGACCAAUCUUCAGACAGUAGAUUUGGCAGGAAACAUAUUAACUAGUUUACCAGCCAAUUUAUUUCAAAAUACGCCCUAUCUGCAAAGCAUAUAUCUACCAUUUAAUGCCUUGACUCAUCUGCAAAUGAAAACUGCGAAGAAUACCCAGACAAUUAAAAAUUUGCAUUUGCAUAACAAUUACAUCUCCAAAAUCGAUGAUGGAUUCUUCACUGCCUUUCGGUCCGUCAUUGAAGUAGAUUUGAGUGCCAAUAGGAUAUCAGAGCUGCCAACGAAUGUGUUUAUGGACCUGAUUGCCUUAGAAAGGAUCACAUUAAGUGGUAAUAAUCUAAAUGAGAUUCCGGUUCAGCUAUUUACAAAUACCCCGCGUCUCAUAAACCUGGAGUUAGAUCGUAAUAAAAUUGAAGUAAUUCCCGAUUUUGCUUUUGUUGGAGUUAGUCUUAUCGAAUAUUUGAAUUUAAGUAAUAAUAAUAUUUCUUCUAUCGUAAAGAAUACCUUUGCUGGCUUGUCUCAUAUACUGGCACUGUAA